UGACUAAGCAUUCUUCGAACGGUGAGCAGGGGGCCAGUGACAGGUGGCUAGGUCUACUUGCUGACCCCGGCGUGCGUAGAAGCAUUUUAUCUCCCUCCCUCCAUGGGAGCGCGCGCAGAUAAAAAUCCUGACCCGCUCGAAGGGCUUCAUUUCUCCAGGGACUGUCAACGGCGUUAUGGCUCAAGCACUUUUGUACACAACAACCCUCCUCCUUUUCCUGCGCUCCUUUUCAUCAGCACAACCUCAACACAGUCCAGAAUCAUGUAUACCGAAUGAUGAGUUUGGCAAAUACUGCCCCACAACAUGUGGAGUAGCUGAUUACCUGCACAGCUAUAAACCCAAAGUGGACAAGGACCUGAGUGAUCUGGAAGAAUUACUGGAACAUAUAAGCAAUUUAACUAAAGGUGCCCAAGACAGGGUGGACUACAUGAAAGAUUCUGCCUCACAAGCCCAGAAGUCCAUUUCUCCAGAUGUUUACAUAAGAAGGGCAACAAGCAUGUUGGACGACAUCAUGAGAUUUGAAAGAAAUAUCCUUGCUCAAGAGGCUCAGAUAAACGGCCUUCAGCAAAUCUUAGAUUCAAAUGACAAGAAGAUGCUGCAGCUCAAAGAACUGUCCAUCAAGCUGGAGCAGAAAUGCAAACAGUCGUGCCAAGACACCGUCCAGAUCCAACCCACCACAGGAAAAGAUUGUCAAGAAAUUGCCAACAAAGGUGCAAGGGUCAGCGGCCUAUAUUUCGUUAAGCCCCUGAAAGCCAAGGAGCAGUUCCUGGUGUACUGUGAGAUUGACAGCUUUGGGAGUGGCUGGACAGUACUUCAAAGGAGGCGCGACGGCAGCGUUGACUUCUCUAAGAACUGGAUUCAGUACAAAGAAGGCUUCGGCUACCUGUCUCCGGACGACACCACAGAGUUCUGGCUGGGCAACGAGAAGAUGCACCUGCUGUCUACUCAGUCCCACAUUCCAUACGUGCUGAGGAUAGAACUAACCGACUGGGAUGGGAAGAAAAAGAAUGCUGAUUACGCCAUGUUCAAAGUGGGGUCGGAGGCAGACCAGUACCGGCUCACCUACGCCUAUUACUUCGGAGGGGACGCGGGCGACGCCUUCGAUGGCUACGACUUUGGCGAUGACCCCAGUGACAAGAUCUACACCUCCCACAACGGCAUGCAGUUCAGCACCAGUGACAGGGACAAUGACAGGUACGAGGGGAACUGCGCCCUCCAGGACAGGUCAGGCUGGUGGAUGAACAGGUGCCACGCCGCCCACCUCAACGGAAAAUACUACAAAGGUGGCAAGUACACAGAGAAAGAUGCCGGUGAAUACGGGUUUGAUAAUGGCAUCAUUUGGGCGACGUGGCACAACCGCUGGUAUUCUCUGAAGGAGACCUCCAUGAAGAUCAUACCCAUUAACAGGAUGGGCGUAGGCGGAGGGCAGCAGGCGGGCGUCAAACAGUUCGGAGGUCUGGGAGACAUCUAAUGAAUGAGCCCUUCAACUCAAACAUUUCUUUUUUUUCUUUGUUUCUCAACACAAAUAUUACAUUGUAAUGUCUUUUAUUGUGCACCACAUUUUUGUCCCGUGGAAGUUUGUCUGAGCAAUUGCGAUAUGUCUGUACAAAUGCCUGUAUUUAUGUGUAAAUGUGAAUAACAUCAUUA